UAUCAUUCACGUAAUGUUAUCACUCAUGCAUUAUGUACAUACAUAGUAAAUUUUAUCGAAUGAAAUUGAAAAAUUGCUCUACUUAUCUAUGAAAUAUUGUAAUUGUAGUUCGUUGAUGAAAUUCGUAGAUGAAAAACCUCCAUACUCCAUACUUCAUAAAUUGUAACUGAAAAAUGUGGUGAAUUAAGAUACCAAAAAUGUUGAGCAAAAAUAUCAUCAACGUUUCUCUGAAUCAGUUCAUUCGUAAUUUUUCGGCUGUAUCGUUACCUGAGAGUCAUCUUCAGUUGAAAAAUACGUGCCGAAAUUUCGCCAAAAAAGAAUUGAAGCCAAUCGCCCAGAAGUUGGAUAAAGAACAUUUAUUCCCCAAAGAACAAAUUAGAAAAUUAGGCACUCUUGGACUAAUGGGUAUUCUAGUAUCAAAAGAAUACGGAGGUUCGGAUAUGAAUAGUUUAGCACUUUCGGUCGCUGUGGAAGAACUAGCUAGAGGUUGUGGAGGAACUGGUGCCAUUGUCAGUAUACAUAAUGGUUUAUAUGCUGCGUUACUCAAUAAGUACGGCACAGCGGAACAGAAACGACAGUUUUUACCCUCUUUUGUUGACGGUUCGUCGAUUGGUAGUUUUGCUCUGAGUGAACCAGAAAGCGGUAGCGAUGCAGCUAAUUUAUCUACUACUGCUACUCCGGUGACAGAUGGAUGGCUACUGAAUGGAACCAAAUCUUGGGUUACGAGUGCUUAUGAAGCAAAAGCCGUAAUCGUUAUUGCACUCGCUGAUAAAAAUAAAGGCCAUCGUGGCACCAACGCUUAUAUCAUACCCAUACCAACUAAAGGUUUAACCAUAGGCCAGAAAGAAGAUAAAUUGGGAAUUCGAGCUUCCUCCACUUGCAGUAUUUUCCUUGAAAAUGUUCACGUUACCACUGAUAAUUUACUUGGAAAAGAGGGAGAUGGAUUUAAAAUAGCGAUGUCGUCUAUUGACUGUGGUCGAAUCGGCGUCGCAUCAUUAGGCUUAGGUAUUGCUCAAGCGUCACUUGAUUGUGCUAUUGAAUACGCAAAUGCGAGGAAAGCUUUUGGUGGUUCAUUAUUGAAAUUACAAGCAGUUCAACAAAGAAUUGCUAGGAUGGCUUUGCAGCUGGAGAGUGCAAGACUUUUGACUUGGAAAGCUGCCAUGUUGAGAGAUGAUAAUCAACCAUUUAUAAAAGCUGCUUCCAUGGCUAAGCUAAGUGCAUCAGAAGCAGCCACUGCUAUAUCGCACAACUGUAUUCAAAUCCUUGGUGGCAUGGGCUAUGUGACUAAUAUGCCAGCAGAACGUUACUACAGAGAUGCUCGUAUUACUGAAAUUUUUGGCGGGCCGAGUGAUAUUCAAUUACUCGUCAUUGCUGAGCAAACCGCCAAAGAAUAUGGUUACAAAACGAGGUGAUACAUGAUGAGGGAGGUUAUGGAAAACUUAUGUUUCAUUUUCGAAUGAUUGAGGGUGGAAAGUACAUAUCUAUUUAUUUGUACUUUGUUUUAUUGUGAUUAAUGAUUAUUUGUAUUUUUUUCUUUCAUUUUGUUAUGGUUAUGAUAAUGAAUAUCGGAAAAACGUGGAUUUCAUAUUUUUCCCGGAAGAAGGGAGGACAAUGGUGAAUAAAAUUUGAAUAAUU